CCAAUUGCAUGCGAUUCUCCGUUCCAAUUAAACCGCGCGCGAAUUUUUUUUAAUUAAUCUUGAUUUCUUCGCAUGCAUCUCCGCCUCCAUUAAUCUUGGCAUCCACUGGGUUGGGUUGCAUUCGAGAGGGAGAGAUCGCGCGCGCGCUCGCCGCCGGCGGCAUGGCCGGUGCGUUGGUGGUGGUGGUGAUGGUGGUGGUGGUGGUGGUUGCGGCGGCGGCGCUGCCGGCGAUCGACGUGACGACGGUGGCGUUCGAGGAGGGGUACACGCCGCUGUUCGGCUUCGACAACAUCCUCCGCUCCGGCGACGACCGCACCGUCAGCCUCCUCCUCGACCGCUCCACCGGAUCGGGGUUCAUCUCGUCGUCGAUGUACCAGCACGGCUUCUUCAGCGCCUCCAUCAAGCUCCCCUCCGACUACACCGCCGGUGUCGUCGUCGCCUUCUACACGUCGAACGGCGACGUGUUCGAGAAGCGGCACGACGAGCUGGACUUCGAGUUCUUGGGGAACAUACGGGGGAAGCCAUGGCGGGUGCAGACGAACGUGUACGGCAAUGGCAGCGUGAGCCGGGGGCGGGAGGAGCGGUACGUGCUCCCGUUCGACCCGACCACCGAGUUCCACCGCUACUCCAUCCUCUGGACGCGCGCCGCCGUCGUCUUCUUCGUCGACGACGUCCCCGUCCGCGAGGUCCGCCGCUCGCCGGCCAUGGCCGGCGACUUCCCCUCCAAGCCCAUGUCGCUCUACGCCACCGUCUGGGACGCCUCCACCUGGGCCACCUCCGGCGGCCGCUACCGCGUCAACUACCGCCACGGGCCCUUCGUCGCCUCCUUCACCGACCUCGCCCUCGUCGGCUGCCGCGUCGACCCCAUCCAGAUGCUCUCCUCCGGCGCCUCCGGCGAGUGCGCCGCCGCCGAGGGCGCGCUCCUCGCCUCCGACCUCGCCGUCAUGACGCUCGAGAAGCAGCAGGCCAUGCGCCGCUUCCGGGAGAACAACAUGGUCUACUCCUACUGCUACGACGCGCGCCGGUACCCCGUCCCCUUCCCGGAGUGCGACGUCGUCGACUCCGAGCGCCGCCGGUUCAAGAACAGCGGCCACCUCCGCCUCGCGUUCCGCCGCCGCCGCCGCCCCCGGCCGGGCUCCCGGCCGGCGAAGCCCACCAGCGCGGCGGACAUGUAGCAAGUAGCAACACACACAUAUAUACACACAGCAUUUUGCCCUUUCGCCGACCAUGCGCCGCCGGGUUCUGUGCACCGAGCCACCGAGCGAUAAGAUUACGAUAAAAAAAUAGAGAUGGCAACGAGGACUAGUCACCAAUUUCUCACGAUAAAUUCAUCUAUCAGGAGAUAGGGACGAAGAUGGUUGAUAUCUAUCUUUCAUAGAAAAUCAAACGGACCAGAACUCAUUCCUAUCGGGGAUGACGGGGGUUGCCCUUUUCUUCGCAAUGACCCUACACUGUAGAUGAACAAAAUAUAGACUUUAUAUAUGUUUUGGCCUAAUCCUAUCCGCCAGCCUCCACCGACGCAAGUGCAGCACGGGGACAAGGAAACCACGGGAUUUUUCUCCAAUACGGUUAUCGGUGAUGGGUUAAAAUGUUAAAUAUAGCCUUAUUGUGGUUAAGGGGAAGGAAAAAAAUUAUCAUCUUAGAUACGGUGACGCGGUGGUGACUCUCGAAGGUGAAUUCAAGCUGAGAGAGAACCGAGCGAUGGGCCAACGCAUCUACCAAUUGGGCCCACGCAGUAUACGGCCCGUCUUAAUCCGGCCCAUAAUUUCAAACUGGGUGUGAAUUGCAGUGGGCCACACAGCGAUUGAUCCUUUGUAAAUGAGACCAGCAUGGUAACGUGGAAUAUCCGAAAUUCCGAAUCCAAGGUUAGCGCAUAUACGGAUAUACUCCUAACGAUCCAACCAAAAACAUUUCUAGCCAUUGACACGUACUGCAAGAAAUUAUCUCAGAAACGCGAAAGGUUCUGUAGCCUAUUGGUUACAUAAGAACUUAAUAGCACUUGAGGUUCUGAAUUCGACUCUUCUUUGAAAUGAAUUUUCUAGAAUUCUAACGUCUCUGUGCUUUCAGUGUCUUUGUGCUCUCAGUGAGAGACGACGUGCCCGUCUCGAUGAUCUUCGGAGGUGCUCAUAGGGUGAACGUCGUCUUUGUGCUUUCAGUGAGAGACGAUGUGCCCGUCUCGACGAUCUUCGGAGGUGUUCAUAGUGCUCAUAGGGUGAACGUCGUCUUUGUGCUUUCAGUGAGAGACGAUGUGCCCGUCUCGACGAUCUUCGGAGGUGUUCAUAGUGCUCAUAGGGUGAACGUCGUCUUUGUGCUUUCAGUGAGAGACAAUGUGCUCGUCUCGACGAUCUUCGGAGGUGUUCACAGGGUGAGCGUCUAUGUUGUACUGAAGGUGACAUGAUUACCUGAAACCAAGAACAGACAUAAACCGAAUACGUUGGCCAAA